GUUCAGGACGAGCGGAUUUUGUUCUCAAGGUCAUGAUUCGUCUCCUAACUAGGUUUUUUGUUCAGCUAACUCGUGGAUUGUAAAACAGCUAUAUAAUAUUUUGGGCUAAAAACGAAUGACCAACAAUAUCAACUUUGUGUCAGAUAUCCAUUGUGGCCAUUCAGAAGCAAAGUUAACUAGAUCAAAUUCUGACGCACCUUUCAAAUCGAUACGCAGAGUUCGUUUUCCUGAAGAUGACAAACUCAUAUCAGAUUAUUUAGAACCAUUCCGAUUAAUUCCAGAUAAUUGUUCAAGUGAAGAACUUCAGGCGGCGUACUUUUCUUCUUGUUUUGAGCAUAGAAUAACUCCCAUUAAUUUUUUGUUAGAACAAAUAAAGGGAAUCGAUUUAUCGAUUUGUAAUGAACGUUACAGUCGUCUAAGCCUAAGAGGUAUUCGAUUGAAUCGAUUUCAUAUUGAAUCAAUGGAGGCAAUAUUUCAGCGUGCACAUUUUAGAGUAAUUGAUCUAGAAAAUACAUUUUUAGACGAACAGUCUGCUUCGUCACUGUUUGAUAUGUUACUGCAUUAUGAAAGUUGUACAGAUCUAAGUAUAAGUUUAAAUUUAAACAAAACUCUUCCUAGUCAAGCUUGGAGUCGUUGUGUUAAUUUCAUUCGAAAGUCAUCUGCUCUACGUCGAUUCACAUUGAGUCAUACUCCAUUACGCUUAGAAAAUUUUCAUGGUCUAAGUUUCUAUGGUCUAUGCUUGGAACGUUUACAUUUUAUUGAUUGUAAUUUAACCGGUCAAGCAUUAUAUGGACUUAUGCAAUGGUUGUACAUCCUUUUGAGUUCAACAAGUUUAUAUCCACCAACUCGAGACAGAUCAUGUAAUUCAAGUAGAGGACAUAAAUUUCGUGGUUGGAGACAUCGUAGACACUCUUAUACUACUUCAGCAUUAAAUUUAUCAAAUACAAGUACUACCAACACUAUUAAUACUAACACUACCACUAUUAAUGAUACUAAACCUUCUAUUUGGGAAUUAAAAUUAGGUUUAAUGAAUAAUAAAUUGACUUCUUCAGAUGUUGAAGCAAUACUACCACUAAUUCGUCAUCAGCUAUUUAUUCCAAGAAGUUCGGGACCUGAAACUGUUAAAUUUGAAGGUCAUAAUAAUAAUAAUAAUGAAAUUAGUUCAUCAGAUGCCCUUGUAAACAAUAGUUCACAUACGAAAUGUACACAACUGAAAAAAUCCAACUCAUUGUCGUCAUCAUCGUGUGAUUUUCUUCCAGUUGGAGGGAUUGGUUAUUUAUUGGAGUUGAAUUUGUCCCAUAAUAAUAUUGGUGAUGAUGGUUUAGGUAUAUUGUGUACUGGACUGCUUCAAUCUUAUCGAAAUCGUUUACGUGAACGUUUCUCUACGUUGAAUGAUCAAGAAAUUCUUAAACUAACCACUAUGUCAUCAUCACUAUCAACAGAAAAAAAUUCCGAUUCAUAUUCUAAUCGCUGUUGUACACAAUCAAUACCAAUGAAAAUUUGCAGCUUAGAACGUCUUUAUCUUGUAGAUAAUAAUUUAAGCAUAGAUGGUAUGCAAUCAUUAGCUAUUGUAUUAAUGCAAACACCAAAAUCACUAAUCUCUUUUGUUGGCGGUUUAAUUAGUUUAGAUUUAAGUAACAAUGUAAAUAUUGGCGAUAAAGGUGUUGAAAUAUUGUGUGAAGGUUUAAUUAGAAACUAUAGUUUAAAAGAAUUAUAUCUUCGUUCCAUUAAUAUGUCUUUUUCAGGAAUUUUCGCUUUAUCCAGUUUUCUCAGUGAAUCAAAGUGUCUAAAGUAUUUGGAUAUACGCAACAAUAAUUUAGAUAUAGCCUCUAUAAUGGCUUUAUCAAAAACUUUAUUCAUUAAUAAAACAUUAACAAGUCUGGUUUCAGACGCACAUCGUUGGGCGAAUUCUCAGCUGGAUCUAUCUGAUAAAGAUAAAGAUUUAAUUAAAUCUCUCAUUGAAAGCAUCGAUUCAAAUCUUAGAAGAAAUCGUUUAGAAACAGAACUAGUUGAUAAUAAUAAUAAUAAUAACGUCUCGAAUAUUAAUUGUGAUACAAUCACACCAACUGAUGUCAAUGACGAGAAUUCGUUGGGACAAUCUGAAUUAAUGAAUAAUAGCUCAGUGAUUCAGUGUAAUGAUACUUCACUAACUAAUUGUAAUAUAAUGAAUGGUGAGAUGUCAUUGGACACAACAAAUUGUACAUCGGAUACAUCAGUGACACGAAGUUAUGAAUGUGAUAAUAAUAACAUUAAUAAUGAAUGUGGUCCUGAUAAUAAUAAUAAUGCUGAUCUCCAGUCAGAUAAUUCGUUAAAUACAACGAUCAAACAACUUGAUAGUGAUAGUAAUGUCGAGGUUUCGGAUAAUUUAAACUGCGCAGUAAUCUCUACCAAUCCUAUUGAUGAGAUAUUCACUGAAUGUAUAUUGGAUAAUCAAACAAUUAAUAAAGAUGGUAAAUUUAUCAAUAAUAAUAAUAUUAAUAAUAAUGAGAAUUUUGCAAUAAUGGGAAAACGAAGUAAGGAAGAAAAGAAAACAACAGGAGUGGUAGAACAACAACGACCACCUUUACUUCAACAUUUAUCCGAUUCAUUUAUGACUAUCGAAAAUCUCUCUUCUUCAUCUAACUUAUUCCAAAAUGUAAAUGUACCAUCUUUCAAGGAUGAUAAGUCAUUGAAUUGUAAUACCGAAUCAGAUCCAAUUCAGUCGUCUGUAAAUGUAUUUAACGAAUCAAAUUCACUGAAUACAAUAAGUCAAAAUAAUCAUAAUCAUAUAUAUAAUGACGUAAUCAGUAAAUAAAUAUUAUAAAACAGAGAUCGAAAAAAUCCAAAUGAAUUCCUCACCGUAAUAACGAUAUGCCUUCAUCAGUAAAUCUGUCAAAAACCAAUAUUAAUGGUGUUUGACAUAACAGUAAUAAAAGUAAUAAUAGUGCUAUGAUUUUGUUGUUCAAUAUUUUUCCCCUUAAUAUUAACUUAAAAAAAACAACAAAAUUAAUAACUGUGCUUUUCUUUUUCUGCUGUUCAGAAUCUGUUCAAUUCUGGAAUUCUAUGACUCCUAUGUCUGAUUCGACGUACAAUAUCCACGAUCCGAAUCCGUACCUAAUAAUCUAUGAAUCUUAAUAAUGACUUCUAUUUUUUUUCAAAAAUAUUAUUUUUCAUGGUCUGUUUUUUAUUUGUUUUUAUUUUAAUUAUUAGAACAUAAAAACUUUCUUUAAUAAAUACUUGCCUAGUAAUUUUACAAUUAAGUCGUUUUCUCUCAUAUCUAUUUCAAUGGAAUUUCACAAAAUCAAUUCUAAGGUUUAUGAUUGUUCAUUGUGAAAUUUUCUUUUCUUUUUUUGUGUUGUAAAUUGUAUUUCCAGUUACUGUUAUUUUAAUUAUGUUGCUUUAUUACUCAAACGUAUACGGAUGUAUACAUUCUCAACUAUUGAUCAUAUUGAUAAUUGCAAUACUUUACUGACAUCUUUCUCAUGUAUCAUAUUGACAAUAAUGAAUAAUAUUGUAGGUAUCGAUGCCAAGGUUAAUCUUGAUAGUUUCAGAUAAAUUGACCUUUGGGUACAAGGUUAAUAAUAAAUAUAUUUUUUUGUUAUAUCCCAAUGAGUAGAAAAUUUUAUCCCUGACGUUUCGUGACCUAUUGUAAACCACUUCUUCAGAGUAAAUAAAUAAUCGAAUUUAAUUUAUAUAUGUUUAAAUAGUACUAAGGAAACAUUAAAGAAGUUGAUUACAUUAAGCCACAAAACGUGAAAAAUACCAUUUGUUUUACUCAUUGGGAUAUAACAAAAAAGGAUAUUUAUUAUUAGUGAAUAAUAUUGUUAUCAUCAAACACUUUUUGUGUAUGUUGGCAUCAGUUUAAAUGAAUUUUAUUUACCAUUAAAAUUGUACAAUACAUAGUCAUCUAUACACUCAUCAUUUAUUCUUUUAACUCAUAUACAUUGGUUUAUUCAUUUCUAUUAUUUUAUUGUAUUCUACUGUAAUUUGUUUUCAUUACCAGUAUCGUUCGUUACCUUUGAUAAUUUUAAAUAAAUAUCAGCUUAUAUCUUUUUGUACACAUUUAUGUUUAUUUUCAUUUUAAUCUAAUAUUCUUUUUUUUAAUUUCUCAUGUUUGUUUUUGUUUUUGUUUUUUUUUCAUUGUGAAGUUACAACCAAUUCAACAAAAGGGUUUUAAGUUUUUCUUUUCAGUUCUGUCAUGUUUUGUAUAUUUUUUUCUUCUGAAGAAUCCUAAUAUUAUUAUAAUUGUCAGUAAAAUAAUUAAUAUAUUUGUAAUUAUUGAAUUAUUAAACUACUGUAAUCUUUUGUUUAUUUUGUUAAUUAAAUAUAUCAUAAUGUUUGUUUGUAUGUAUAUGUGUGAAUGGAUGGAUGGAUGUUUGUUUGGUUAUCUUUAGAAAUUUAUUAACUAAUUCAUUCUAUUUUCUAAUUGCAAUACAUAUCAAAAUAAUUCUAUAUUUUCUAUGACAUUUUUUCUCUCUCUCUCUACAGUGACACCUUUAAACUCAUGAUACUUUUGUGAAAUCGUCAAUUCACCGAUUAUUCUGAUUAUACUUAAUUUCUUUUUGUGAUAGGUCAUUAUCAUGCAUUAAUGAAAUAUAUUAAUAAAAAAGUAUAUUAUAUUCAGUC